ACGGCGUGCGAUAGGAGGGGAACGCAGUGCACGACGGUCGUCGUCCCGUCUCGCAUAACAGGGGGGGGGAGCAGCGGCCGCAUCAAGCAGCGGGGAUUUGAGCACCGGCGAGAAGGCGGAGCUGAGGUCCUUCGUCGCAGAGUGGGAGCUUCGCAGCGCCCAUGGACGCCAUGGCCAUGGGAGAGCAGCGCAACUAGACGGGCUCCGCUCAUGGCGCCCCCUGCUGCUGCUGCUGCUGCCGCCACGGCCCAGCACCGUCCUCGCUCCACUGUCGGAGCUGCCGACGCCGCACCUAUGGUGAUGGCCACGGCACCGGUGUCCAUGUCGACGACGACCAAGGAGCAGAACCACCAGCAGCACCAACACCACCGCCGGGCUGCUGGUGUCCCUCUCUUGUCCCAUGCCAUGGUUGCCUCUGGCACGGGCACUCCGCCCAUCGAUGUGGUCCGAUAUCGCCGCACGUAUUCGACAUCUUCCGCUCGCGGCAUUCCUCCUCAGGCCUUCGAUGGCAGAAGUGAGAGGAAGGUACAUCUUCUCAGUCGGUCUCUAUCGGGGUCCAAGCUGAAUGCAGGAGCACCUGAAUUUGUUCCUAAGGGACUGCAGAUAGCCUUCUCCACGUCUUUACCGGUGUCAGAACUGCCUCAAGAGUUAGGGCUGAGUCCUAUGUCUUUGAUUCAAGCUCCAUCUUCUGUGAUUCCCGUGAUAAUAGCUCCGCCGUCCGAGACGGACUCUUCCUCGUCAAAAUUUGUGCCGGACGUUGUGGUUCCUACUGUCGAGUACCAGAUUUCAGAGUCUCCACCUAGCAGUGAUGAAGCUGUUGCAAAAGGUGGUCCUAAUGUCUUCCUGUUAGAGGAGAAUGGUGGGGAGAGCGAGCAGGUUCAGGCAAUUCCAGCUACUUCUGUGCAGCCUGCAAAGGCCGUGCUUACGGAGGGGCUGAAGGCCAAGAUUGUGAAGCAGGUAGAAUUCUACUUCAGCGACGCGAACCUCCCAACAGAUAAUUACUUGAUGAAGUUUGUGAAGAAGGAUCCCGAAGGGUUUGUCCCGAUUCCUGUGGUGGCGUUGUUCAGGAAGAUCAAGAACUUGGUGAAGAAUCACUCAGUCGUGGCAGCUGCGUUGCGAAGUUCGACACAGUUGGUGGUAAGCGAGGAUGGGAAAAAAGUCCGGCGAGCGCAUCCACUCCCAGAAGUUGAUCUCGAGGAAAUUCAGGCACGUACUGUUGUAGCUGAAAAUUUGCCAGAGAACCCUUCUAUUGAGACCAUUGAACCGUUGUUUCGGAAAGUCGGAACAGUGAAGAUGGUUCGAAUUUGUUCUCCAGAGGCUGCCAAUGGAGCCAAUUCAACUGCAGCAAAGCAUCCAAAGACCGACAUGUUGAUUAGUAACAAGUUGCACGCGCUUGUAGAGUUUGAAACCGUGGAGCUUGCUGAAAAAGCUGUAGCAGAGCUGACAGAUCAGCGGAACUGGAGAAGCGGUCUACGUGUGCGCUUGCUCUUGCGACGUCAGUUUCAGAACAAACAAAAUUACCAGCAGGCCCCUCAUCAGAGGACGCGCAAACCAAGUAUGGACGGCAUCGAUCUCGUGAUGGAUGAUGAAGACGGUGACAAGGCAGAGAAGGACGCCGACAGAUCUCGCGACAAGGCUGGUGGGGAAUCAACAUGCCACAACCAUCACGCAGAUCGUGGCGACGAGGUUAUGGGUGAGGGCGGAGAUCAUGUGAACAAGAAGGGAAGAGGUCGAGGCCGAGGUGGGAGAACGGGUGGAGGUGGUCGGGGUCGCGGUCAGCAGUUUUACAACACGCACGUGGGGACACCACCUCGGGACGGUUUACAUGUGGUGAGCGAGAUGAUAGGAAAGCCGCCGCCAGGACCUCGCAUGCCGGAUGGGACACGAGGGUUCGCGAUAGGCAGGGGCAGGAUGGUGAGCGCGAUGAGCAGCUGUGAAGAGCGUGGCGUAGCAGUGUAGGUGGUGAAUGUGGAUGUAGGUAUUGGAAAGUGGAGCAGUGUGGCUCCGAGGGAAUAUGAUGUGAUUAUGGUGAA